AUGAUGUUUUUAUUGGUGGAAAUUUUGGUUAUUUUCGUUGCUUCCCUUCUAUGGUUGAUCAGAAUCAUUGAUAUCGAUAGCAUCAAGACUUUUCGUCAGAUUUUAUUGGAUUUGUAUACGAGCGAACGAUCACAUUGGAUAUUGGAUCUUUUCCAGGUUGAUGAGAAAUCGGAGCAUCAUGGUGGCGAGUUAGUUGCUGCAGUAUUGAAGGCACAUAAUAUAAACGAGAUAUUUACAUUGUGUGGCGGACAUAUAUCACCGAUCUUAGUUGCUGCGCAAAAUCUUGGUAUUCAUGUGUACGACACACGUCACGAGGUUAACGCUGUGUUUGCGGCAGAUGCUGUUGCACGCUUACGUCAAAGUGUUGGCGUUGCUGUUGUUACUGCAGGACCAGGUUUAACAAACACGAUUACUGCAGUGAAAAAUGCACAGAUGGCGGAAACUGCUGUUCUUAUUAUCGCGGGAGCAGCACCAGUUUUAUCGAAGAAUCGUGGCGCUUUGCAGGAUAUUGACCAAAUCUCGCUAAUGCGACCAUUAUGUAAACAUGUUGCUCGAAUAACACGUAUAAAAGACAUUGUAAUGGCCCUAAAAAAAGCUAUGCAUAUCGCGCAGAGUGGUACACCUGGUCCGGUUUUUGUGGAGAUACCCAUUGAUGUACUUUAUCCAUAUAAAACGGUAUUGAAGGAAAUGAAUAUUUUCAAGCCCAGAAGUUUCAAACAAACAGUCGUCAACUCAUACCUCUUAGCAAAUAUUUCUCGACAGUUCAGUGGCGGCUGGCUUAUAAAAGAGGACAUGCUACCUAUACCGGCCAGAAUAACUUUUCCAAAUAAGAACGAUAUCGCAAAGUUGAUGCAUCUGGUGCUAAAAUCGAAGAAACCAGUCAUAGUUAUUGGUAGUCAAGCUGUUUUGGCCCCUGUUAGUGUGCAUGAAUUAAAGAACGCUGUAAAGUCUAUUGGCAUCCCGACGUUCUUAACCGGCAUGUCUCGUGGAUUACUGGGACAGCAGAGUCCCAUUCAUAUGCGCUACAACAGAAAGGAUACCCUUAAAGAAGCUGACUUAAUCAUUCUUGCGGGUGCAGUGUGCGAUUUUCGUCUUUCAUAUGGGCGUGCUCUUUCACCGUACGCUAGUGUGGUUUCAAUAAAUCGUGAUCGAGCACAGAUGUUAAAAAAUGAAGGCAUAUUCUGGCGAGUUAAAUUAGCGAUCCAGGCAGAUGUUGCAACAGCCUUAGUCAAUCUUGCAGAUUAUCUGCUUGCAAAUGAUCCUGAACAUGGUUUGUCGAUACGAGAAUGGAUAUCAUAUUUGACAGCGAAAGAAAAGGCGAAAAAUGCAGAAAAUAUGAACAAAAUGAAGGAGUCAUUUGUAAAAGAUGGAAUCAAUCCUCUUUAUGUGCUCUCCCUGAUCAAUAAAGUUUUACCAGAAAAUGCAAUUUUGAUAGCUGAUGGUGGAGAUUUUAUUGGAAGUGCCGCUUACAUUGUGCAUCCAAGAGGUCCAUUACAAUGGCUCGAUCCUGGAGUUUUCGGUACUUUGGGCGUUGGAGCCGGUUUUGCACUUGGAGCAAAAGCCGUUUAUCCAAAUCGUCCAGUUGUGAUUUUAUACGGUGAUGGAUCUUGUGGAUUUUCGCUGAUGGAAUUUGAUACUUUUUCGCGUCAUAAACUUUCUGUCAUAGCGUUAAUUGGCAAUGAUGCUUGCUGGUCGCAGAUCGCGCGUGAGCAAAUUGCUACACUCCAUAGUUCGGUUGCGGUGGAUCUUCAGUACACGAGAUAUGAUAAUGUAGGGGCAGCAUUGGGUGCAAGCGGUGCACUGAUUGCUAAUCAAGAAGAUUUGACAAGGGAAAACUUUGAACAAAUCUUCGCAUCUGCAACGGAUGGUGGUUCGGUGGUUGUAAACAUCAUUAUCGGCAAAUCGAAUUUCAGGGAUGGUAGCAUAUGCGUUUGAUUAAUUAUGUGAUGAUGUGAUUCUUACGUGAAUUACAGCACUUUUCACUUAUCUUAGCGAAGCAGGUUCAGUGUACCUUCGUAUUGCAUAUGUCGCUUAAAAUGC